UUGUGAUCAUUGAGUUCGAAGCCUUUGAAUCGUUCAUUCGCAUAAAUGGUCCGAGCUCGAAGUGUCGUCGCAAAAACAAUUCGUAUAUUGCAACCGACAGAACUCAAUAGCAAGAGAGAGCGAUUUAAAUUUUAUUCAUUGCACACGCGAAAUGCACAGAGAGUUUUCAAUAAACUGCUGUGGCAUAAGAAAAAAUACAUAAAAUAAAGUUUAUACCAAGCAGAAAAAAAGACAUAUAAAGUGAAUUCUCGAUUGGAAGUUUUGCACUAAUUUGUAAAAGUAUACAAAGUGAAGUUUAAAUUUAUUGUCGCUGUAAAAGAUAAAGUUAGUUCAUUACAAAUCAUACUGAGAGUCGGCCAUUUGAAAAUAAUCUUUAAAACGGAACAUAUUCUCGCUUGCCAUUGAGAUCCAACAAAAAAUUUAAUUCAAAUUGCAAAUAAAAUGGAAGCAAUCAUCAAGCCAAUGAACAUAGCGAUAGACAUGCCCACAACGUUGGACACUGCAGCAGCCGAUGAUAUACUCAACGACGAUGUGCUAUUGGAAAUUCUGAAAUAUCUCAAUGUAAUGGACAUAAUAUCCUAUCGCCAAGUGUGCUCGCGAUUCGAGUCAAAUGCCGACAAUCAUUUGUCACGAAAAGUAAAGCAAUUCCACAUCGAUGCGACGCUUGACCAUAAAUCAAAGGAAAUAAUUAAACACUUGGGUCAACAUUUAAAAGCAUUGCACUUGGUCUCUGUGCACAGUUAUAAGCGUGUUGAUAAAUUACGGCGUCAAAUUCAGUCAAUAAAUAAAUACUGCACCCAAUUGGCAUCGUUAACGAUUGAAACGCGAAAUUGGUAUGGUGCAAUGGCGCUCAGUGCAUCAAUCGUAAAUAAAUUACACUUUGUGCAUUUACGAUAUCUUGAAUUGCACAACAUAAAAAUGGACAAAGACUUUGAUUUAGUGGCUGCAUUUGAAAAUAUCGAGGUGCUGAAAAUGAAUUCAAUUGGCAAUUUUACCGGUCAAACGUUGAUUGGAUUGAAUCGAUUGGCUGUGUUGCACUUGAACUCAUGCGCACAAUUACGUCCAAAUCACCUUUACGACUAUUUCCAUGCAAAGGGACGAACGCUUAAGGAAAUCAUUGUGCACAAAUGUCGUGACAUCGAUGAAAUCAUUCUCAAUGAGAUUGUUGCAAAUCUACCAAAUAUUGAAUUAGUUUCGCUUAUGUUUAGCUAUACAGCGUCAUUUGAUCCGAGCACAUUGCAUUGCUUACAACAUUUGAAAUCAUUAUCACUGCACAAUUUUAAAACGUAUGACGUGAAUCGCUUUAUCAAAUUACUUGCCACCAACAAUAAACUCGAACGAUGGGAAAUCAAUGGCGAAAAUUUUAAAAUGUAUCAAUUGGACGGCAGUGCCGCUGAUAAAUUAGAAAAGAGUACGAAUUUAAAUGAAUUAUCGUUUGUUAAAUGUAAUUUUGUAACCGAUGAUUUACUUUUUCGUCUCGGUCGCAAUUUGAACUUGACUAAGUUCAGCCUACAAGACUGUUGGGGAUUCACCGUAAAUGGUCUCAUGAAAUUCGUUCAAUUACAACGGCAAUUAGCUUAUUUAUCGAUUCGAAAUUGUACGAUUCCACGAUCGGCGACCAUUGACAUCGCUAAUAUGGUGCUCGAGGAUGAAGAACGACCUGCCAUUCAUAUUGACUACGACAUUGACUGCGGAUAUCGACCGUUUACAUUCGAUUUUUACGACGAUGAAUACGAUUACGAGGAAUAUUCGCCGUACGAUUUGUACUGGGAUUCAGAUUCCACUGACGCCGAAAUUUAAGACUUUUUAAGAUGUAUAAAUUAAGUUAAUUUGCGCCAAGCGCAAGAGUUUUUUAGGUCCUAAUGGUUAGAAAUAGUUCAUUCAUACGUUGUAGUUAGUUAGACGACUUAAAAAAAUUGAAAAAAAUGUGGAAAUUAAUUGAUUCGGAAUAAACAGGAAAAGAAUAAGGAGAAAACGAAUAUUUGAAUUAUAUUACUCAUUUCCUGUAGAUCAUUUUUCUUUUCUUGAAAAUUCACAGGUAAAUUGGAGUCGACGAAUAAAAGAGCAACGACAAAAACGCCACUGAACUGAAAUUCAUACGUGAUUUGAAAUAUAAUAGUGCCACUUGCCAAGGCCACUUUAAAUGGUUUGUAAUUAUGAUACGGGAUAUUCAUUCGGUGAAUAUAAACAACAACAUUUGAUUUUGGCAAAAACCCAAAAAUGUAACUGUUGCCACUGGUGGUUUCGUGUUGAAUAAAACCUGAAUAACAACUGAUGUCAUUCAAAUUUUGUAAACAUACGGAGAAAAGAGAAUGAACGUCAGUGCUGCCAACACUGCUUUUGAGCGCAAAUGUCGACGUCAAACAUGCAUUCAGUUUACGCACACAUACCAACGUUACUAUCCAACAAUAAUAACAUAGCCGCGCUGUAAGGUGUCAUGAGUUCGAGAAAACGUAAAUUUUGUGCAAGCAACAUUCGAAGCACACACAUAGUACACAAAAGGUGUGUCAAAAUUUGUCUAACGCGAUUUUUCCUGAAUUUACGUAGACCAAACUAUAAUAAUAAUAAAAAAAUAAACGUGCGAUUGGCUGCUAACAAAUACAUUUUCGAACAAACAAACAAUUUUGCCGAAUUUCUUGUGUUACAUUGAUUUUACUCGUGGUUUUUUUCACUUAGAUUUUGACAAUUUAUUCUAUAACCCCGAAAUAAAAUGUGAGUGUAAUGCACCAAACUACGAAUGAUGUUGAAUCAAUACAUAUAGUUAAAGCAAUAUGUGAUUCAUUCAAAUUAUCAUAAAAACAAACAAAAGAUAUGAUAUUAAAUCAUGUUAAUUUUGUGUGUCAAAAUUGGAACAAAUGUGAAUGAAAGAAAAGAGUUUUUUUCAAUGUUUUUGGAGUACACGUCAUACAGAAUGUGAAUUGGUAAAAAAACCAUUCCAUUGACAAUUGUGAAAACAAUCGAAACGCAUUUUUUGCUUGAAAUUUUUUUGUUCACUGAUUGGCAUUUCGAAAAUUUGGAUCGGAUAUUCGGAUGAAAUUUCAUGCAUUAAGACAUUAUUCGUUUCGGUUUGGUUCCGCUUAUAUGAAGCGGAGUGAAAGUGACAAAAAUUUCGUGUGCUAUAAUGGUGUUUUUGAUAUUGAAAUCGAUCGACUGAUUGGAAAAUGCUAUUUUGUAAAUAAUAAUAUGACAAAAAUUUCAAAUACAUGAGUCCAUUCUUUUCUACCAACGAAGCGGAAUAAUUUUCAAUUGCUCAUAAAUUGUCCAACGAAAGAAAAACAAAAUUGCGGAGAAGAAGAAAAAAAAACUAGCAGCAUUUGUAUAACACACGAAAACAAGAGAGAAUAAAAUAAAAAUUCAAGAGAAACGGGACCGAAAGUGUUAGUGUAUUCGUGUGUUUUACAUCAGUUUCUAUUCAGUUCAAGUCAUCGCACAAAAUGAUCACGCAAAAUUCAUUUGGCGAGUGCACAUAAAGCGUAUUUGUGCAUUGUUCAUUUAAUAUAAACAGACAAACGAGUUUUUUACGUAUUUGUUUAUUUUCACUGCUAUAUACAUAAUUUCAAUUGUGUGUGUGUGUGAUUGGAGAUAGUAGAAAAAAAUGAAACAGUUCGUCGUUUGCAUUUCUCUAAAUAGCAACAACAACAACAACAACAGCUCCAUCCGCAGCAGCAGCAAUAGUUAUAAACGACAACAGUAAUAAGUGUGCACGAUCACAAAAAAUAAGCUAAAAAAACGAAAGACAAUCAAAGUAAAUUCGCAAAAAGAGUAUUUUGGAUCUGUGAGAUGCUGUGCUAGGCGAAAAUGAAUAAACGAACAAAAAUCGUCUGAAAUUCCGUAUACUUUCAUUAUUUAAAAGAAACGAACAUUGGUUGCUGUUUGUGUGUUAUUUUAUUCAUCGGAUCCGGAUCGAAUAGAAAGGGAAACGCGUGAAACGAAAGAAAAUAAUAAUAGAAAGAGUCAUAUAAAUAGACAAAAGAGAAAGACAAAGACAAAGAAAGAAGAGAAAGAAAUACCAAUAACAACUUAUCAAUUAAUUGGACUUGGUAUAUUUUGUGCAUUUGUUUGAUGUGUUGUGAACGUGCUAUAGCAUUGUGUGUGUCUCUGUCACUGUGGCCGUUAACGAUUCGCGAACACACUAUUCGUUGCACUCAAACAUAUAAUCAUCAUUAAAGUUACUUGUUUUUAAUUAAAUUAUAUAAGCACCCCGUGAACAUAGCGAAUUUCGAAUUUGUUAAUUGCAUUUGUAACUGAGCAACAAGCACUUUAAGUUUGUUUUGAUUUUUCGUUGAAAGCGUGCGCGUACACAUAUACAUUCCAUUGAAAUCAAUAACACUUGAACGCAUUUCUGACAGUGACUGAGUUAUGGUUAUAUUUAUUAUUAAAAUAACGAUCGAGACGAUGAAGAAAAACCAGUGAACUUUCCAUUCUUAAGAGUUCCGUAAAUGUGUUUUAAAAAAAAUUUCAACAAAUGUGCGAAGAAUUUAAAGAAUUUCACAGUCGAUAAACGAGCAUGCUAACGUAUUCAUUAUAAAUUCCAUAGAGCG